UAGAUCUCCGGCACAUUAGACCAGGGUUAUACAAUUGUAUAGUAGUAACAUCCCAUGUACAAAUGCCUUUAUGCCCUCACUUCUUGUCUUUGCCCAGCAACACAUUUCGUUCUGGCAAUUAUUUAUGUGUGCGCGUCUUUGAAACGCAACUCCAGAUGUCAGAUGGACCGAUACGAAUUUAAUGCACCCAAAUUUGUGGACUUCACAAUACCUGAAAAUGAAGUUAGUGAUGAUUUUUUUGGAAAUUUCCCUACGAGGAUGGAAGUUCCGCUUACUAAUGGAACUGUAGUUCAUGAGUUAGACGCUGCGACAAUAUGCCACACCAGUCCGCAGCGUAAUGGAGCUGCAGACGAAGAAGAUAACUUGGUCGCGACGCUGCAGCAGCUGUGCGUGUCGGGACGCACGCCCUCCGCCCGCAGCGCCCGCAAGUCCCACCCCAUGAUCACCCGGCUGGACGUCACCGAGGGCCGGGUCCUCGACUUCUCCCAGCAGGAAGGGGAAGGGGAUCCGGGAGAGACGGCGGAGGCCGGGCCGAGAGAGCCCCGCCCCUCCCCCGCCACGUCCAAGACCAGCCUGCUGCUCAAGCGAGCCAGGGAGGACCGCAGGGAGGAGCAGCCCCAGAAGUACGUCAGCAUGGCUGAAGCCGUGCUCAAGUUCCAGACCAAGACGCCGCUGAGAUUCCGCACCAAGUUGCAAGGAGACGCGCAGACGUGGCACGGCGAGGGGCCGAGGGCCCCCACGGUUGCUCGCACGCCCCACCUGACUGCCUGCACGCGUGUCCGGCCCGUGGACUACCCCUCCAGGGAGCAGCGUGAGGAGCUGGAGGUGGCAGAGCUGAGCCGCCACAAGAUACAUGCCCAGCCUCUGGAUCCCCACGUGUUUCUGCCUCCGAAGCUGGGGAAACGCGUCCCCAAGUUCACCCACCCGGCACCGUUCAAACUAACAGAGGUGAAAAAGAAGGAGCCGGAGGAGGCGCCCAGGUACCGGUUCCUGGCCCAGCCGGUGCCCCGGGGCCUGCUGGCGCCCCGGUGCGCCCCGCCCGUGGACUCCCGUCCGGUGCUGCAGGCCCACCGCAGGGCCCCCCACCUCCGGGUGUUCGCGGCCGCCGUGCAGGAGAACAAAGGACAAAAUGUCCUAGUGAAAAAAGAAGUAUUCAACUUUGGCGUGCCUGUUCAGGUUCGCAAGAACACACCCUUGAAGCGCUCUACAGAGGUAAAACCAUUUAGUUUUGAAGAGCGAGACAAGGAAAUCACCCGACGCAAGGAAGAAAGAAUUAAAAAGGUUCUGGAGGAAGAGAGACAGGCUCGCAUCUUCCACGCCCAGCCGCUGCCGGCCGGCAUUCGCAAGCAGCUUGUGUCGUCUGAAGUCUCCGUAGCAUCCACCGACAACACAUCUCAGGCCUGCUCCGAGGAGAACAGGAACCCCGUGUUCCGCGCGCAGCCCGCGCUGGUGCUGAGGAAGCAGCCCUUCGUGCCGCGCAAGCAGCAGCGCUCGCCCCUGAGGGCCAGGAACGUCGCGCUGAAGACGGAGGCGCGCUCCAAGGAGCGCAGGCAGUUCGACGAGAGCGUGCGCUCCAGACUGGAGCAGCAGGAGCAGGUGCAGAGGGAGCGGGAAGAGCGCGCGCGCCUCGAGGCGGAGGCGGAGGCGGCCGCGCAGCGCAGACUGGCCGAGAGCUUCCGCGCGCAGCCCGUGCCGCGGUUCAAGACGCCGCGCCGGCAGCUGGCCUACGAGACGAGGCUCACCUCCCACAAGUCCCCGUUCUCCCGUCGCAACCACUCGCGUCCCGACGCCCCUUAGCUCGCACAACAGGCGCUCACACGUGUACAUAUUUUUAUGAUCAGACAUAUUAUUAUAUUAUAUUGAGUUUCAGUAAGAACUGACCCAUUUUUUUCCCAACAGUGGUUAAUGUGUAAGUAUGUAAUAUAUGAAACAUGACCUCUCAUCACCACCUGCAUACGUGUACAUUGUGUUCUUGUAAAGACGUAACGUGUCGUGUUGUGUUUGUGCAGUGUGUGGUUGAAGGCUUUUGAAUCCACUAACAGCUGCCUUAGCGUUAUCGUGUUAAUGUAAGAGAUGGUUUUCCUGUCAAGCUAUUGAACUACUAAAUAUUAACGUUUCAUUGAAUUCUAACGGUAAAAUUUUACUUGAUAUGUUCUUUAAUUUCUCGCUUCUCAAUGAGUAAAUUCUGACUUGCGUUGCUGUCUGCGAGUGCUCCUUACCAAGGUUGUGUAUGGCAAAUAUGUAGAGCAUGUAAACAAAUGCCUGAAAAAUGGAAUAAUUGACUAUAUUUAGGAAAUGUGGGUGGAUACAAAACACAAAUUGUAAACCAUUGUUUUCAUGGAAUAAAAUGUCUCUUAAUGAUAUGUAGAUAAUCUUUUAGGUUGUACAAACUGAUUCGGUUAAUUAGUAAUAUUUGAACAAGAUUGUAGCAAUGUCAGGUUUGUAGUUUGUUUGCUGGGAAAUAACUUAAUUUACGUAGUAUGUAAAAAAAUUUAAGUGUGGAUGUUCUCUCUGGUUUGUUUUUUAAAUUCCUGACAAGUUUUCGUAAGAGUAAUAAGAUGACACUUUUUUUUUCCUUUGAAGUUUUAACAUUGUGAUUAAAUGUUUUGUUUUUUUCCCGCUGAUAUUAAGGGAAAUCUUCAAUUACAGUGGAAUGCUUUUUUUCCCUCUUAUGUAUGUUUAGUUUUUCAAUAAUUCUAAUUAAUUCAGUUGUGCCAAAUAUCGUGUGAGAGUUGUGACUGGUGAAAGUUGAAAAUUUAUUGUAUAAAAUGUUUACUGUUUAUGAAAAUGAAUCCCUGAACUGAAUAAUGGACAAAUGUAAUCUCUUGAUUCAUCUCAGGGCAAAAAUAAUGUAUGAUGAUCCCUGGAGAGUUAUUUGGACCCUCUUUGUACUGGAUUUAUAUUUUCUUAUGUAUUACAUUAUUUUGUAUUGAAAAUUGACUGGGCAAUUUUUAUUUGAAAUUUGUGUUUAUAAAAUUACUACACAGUGUUUUGGUGUAAAUUGGUUUUCAAUUUCGCAUAAAUUUUCAAUUGGUAGGGAUCCUGAUAAAUGGAUCAUUGUAAAUUUAGAGAAAAAUUGCAAAAAAAAAAAAUAACAAAUUUUGCUGAAUUUAAACAUUUUCAUGGAAACGUGAAGUUUGGCUCAAAGUACAGCUGUUUCCACGAGUUGAUCGAUGCCAUUUCUGAAAACGUCAUAGAUGUGCAACACUGGAAACAGAUAUCAAUGUUGUUUAUGAACACCUCAAUUGUGAUACUUUAUUUGUGACCGUGCUCGUUGUGCUGUGUUUACAACACAAAGUUAUAUAUCUUGUAUCUUCAUAUCUUUCGUUAUUUAGUUAGUGACAUGGUAUUGUUUAGAAGAGAAGCUACAAUGCAUUUUAAAUUUAUACCUGGUUUUACAUAACUUUUGUUUAUUUACUUGAAGUGACUUAAAACGUGUGUGGUGUUUCUUCAACUUGAUUUCCCGGAAGAAUUCCUAACGAAUGUGAAAAAUUAUACUGAAAUAAUUCUCGUUUGCAAACACUUCACGUUUUCAAAACUGAAUAAAUUGGGCCAAGAAAUAAUUGUUAAAAGUGUGAGAAAACAAGUCACUUUGUACGUUUAGUCCCGUCCAUUACAUUAACUUUAGUUUUUUAACUCAGUGUUUAUAAAUGUACACAUUGCGUGAUGUGAAUUAGUGUACUGCUUUAUUUAGUACAUGCUAAGAAAAUGCCCCCUUCCAAGGGGCAGCAUUUCAGUCGCCCCUAAAAUUUAUUGAUAUUUUCUCAUAUCUAAGUCAAAAACCACAAAGUUUUCCUUGACUUUAGUUAUUUUACAACUACUUAGUAAUCCAAGAAAGUUAGACUAAAAUACUUGGGGUUUAAAAAGAAAUUAUAAAAUGGUAUUAUGUAUUAAUAUUAUUAUUUUAUUUAUUUAAUUGGCAAAUGACUAUCACUUAGAUAUAAUAAUAGUGGUAAUGCUUUAAUAAUGUAAACACCAGGAACAUAAAAGUUGUUCUCAAAAUUGUCUGCAACAACUCAAGUUUUACAUGAUUAAGGACCAACUGUACAUAUUUAUAGUGAAUAGACUCAACUUUGAAGGUAUUAUUUCCGACCUGUGCUCAACUAGACCAAAAUGAUUUGCAGACUUGAUCUCUGGAUCCAAUACAUUGUUUUAAAAUUAAUUGACCUUAAAAGUGAAGCUAUCAUUUGAACUGUUUGUUACCUAUGAAAUGACUCUGUGUAAUUAUUGUAAGGUGUAUAAAAAAAUUUUACUUUAGUUUACAAAUAGACAUUAGGGUAUUUCCUUGAGUUGAGAAUAUACAUAAUAGUGCAAUAAGUUACAUAAGUACCUAGAUUGGUGCUUUCUGCUGAAUUGAUUAUGUACCCUCUUUUAUCGCAUAAUUGUGGCACUCAUGUUUUAGGCCGUCAAAAUUGCGAUAAAAAACUUCUCGCAUAUACGUCGCAUGUUGUUUUUGGUCCCUGUUAUUAUAUCCCGAGCGCUUUGUGUAGGUAUCUCUUCCGUAUAAAACGAUGUAUUUUAAAGUAGAAACCUAAUAUUUAUUUGGACAUUACCACUUAAUUAACGAAAAUACGAAGUUGUCUGACGUGUAAAUAUUCUUUUAAAGGCGUUUUUAAACGUUAUCUCCUUUAUCUGACCGCCUGCGUCGCCGCGGUGUACCGCUUAUGAACAUGUAGCCAGCGCUAUAUGGCAUCAUUCAUGUUUGGUUAUGUUGCUUCCAGUAUAGAGCGCGCACACGUAGUCUAAUAUCGAUAUCUCGCCGAUUCAUACAACGCGCGCUCUCUGUCAGGUUCCGAGUUAACUACAUUUGAUAGCCCGCAUUCUUUCGUGGCAAGUGUGUACUACGACAGUUACGCGUUAGUUCACGUCACAGCUUCAAGUGGCUUGCGUUCGGGUCACAGAUUCUGUUUUUCUAUUUAACCUUGAAGAAAGGUUUUUGUUUAAUGAAUUAAUAUAAAUUGUUUGGGGUGCUAUUGUAUACUCCACCUUUUUUUAAAUAAACGUACUUUCCAUGAACGGGUUUUGCUUUUAUGAAUAACUUUACCUGACAAAAAUAAAUUUUUACGCGUGAUCAUCGCACCUUUACUUUUCGAACUUGAUUUUAGAAUAAAAUGUGCAACGAUUAUGUGAGAAAACACGGUAAUGUGAUAUUUUAGUGGAUGAAAACUACAAACCCAUUGAAAUGUAUAUGUAAAUAUGCUAGAGCAGAUUCUACAGUUUUGAUUAGCACAUGGUACUAUUUUUUUUUUAAAUAAAUUUCUAA